AUGGGUCUACUUGGUCUGAGCUUACUAUCCUUUUUCGUUGUGGUGGGAGCAGUGAGUCUGUUCUACGCUCGCCACGAUCCUUUAGCGUUUGUAGAGAUAGCUCACGGCUACAGUAUUGUUGUGGCUCUCUGGUUGCUAAUUACACAGCACUACAUGUGCAAAAUGUCCAUUCUACACGACAUGUUCAAAGUGAUUGACGCUGACGUAUUUCAGUACAGCACUGUUUCCGGAAUAGAUGAAGACGACAAGGCUAGACAAUCUGUGAAAACAUUAUUCGAGGAUGUUUUCCAGCGAGGUUUCCAAUACAUCAUCUCAAUCGGUACCGUCCUACUGUGUGUGGCCCCCGUAAUAAUAAGAAUGUACGCUUCUGAGGAUAGAAAGAAGAUCAAACAACUUAACUACGAUCUUCCUGUGCCGUUUUGGAUCCCUUUCAACACAGACACCAAACAUGGAUUCUUAAUUGCUUAUAUUUUGGUUUGCACCCUCAUCUUACAAGUAGCUGUCUAUCUUCUAGCAGCGAUUCCGUUUCUGGUAUACAAUGUUCUUGCCUUGCGCUUGCAGUACGAUAUUUUGCAAAAUUCAAUUAUAAACGUGGAAUCUAGAGCUUUUGAAAGAUAUGGCUUGGUGAGAGGUUUAAAUGGUAAUCUGAAGCCUGAGAUGAUUCACGGCGAUUUCUUGUAUGAAAGAUGUGUUCGUGAAUGUUUGAAAGAGAACAUCCUUCACCAUAUUACAAUUGUCAGGUAUUUUAAUCUAUAUAAAUCAUUUACUUCAAGUAUUUAUGGUGUUUUGAUUGGAUUGAGCUUAAUAAUUCUUGCAUCUUUGUCCGUUGUGCUAAUCAAGACGAAACUUUUCUCAUUCGAAACGGUGAAAUUUGCAUUUUUCUUUAUUGUGGAGCUCGUCAUAGUGUUUGGCUAUUGCUUUUUGGGAUCGUACAUUACUGAGGCAAGUGAUAAAAUUCCAAACGCUAUCUACAAUACUUCAUGGAUUAACUUGCCAACUAGUCAGAGAAAAACAUUGCUAAUAUUUCAAAAUAGAGUAAAACGUAGCGAAAAGUUGAAAGGAAGUGGACUCUUUGAAAUUAAUUUGAAAUUAUUCGUACAGAUAGUACGUACAACCUAUUCGAUAUUCAAUAUUUUCUCAUCAAUGCAUUAGUGAAGGAGACAGUAUAAAACUACUCAAAAGUAAUUUUUAUGAAGUCGAUACUCGUUCAUGAGGUAAGAUUUAACAUUAGCAAUGAAUUAUUUGGAAAAAAUCAAAUUAGAAGAUUUUGUUCCUUCUUUCUUGUGAUGUGUUCUAAAUAUUCUUAUUGACUACUAUUUUGUUUCAUUUUAGACUAUCUAAAGUCUUCACAUUCUUUGGAGAUUUCAUCAUAGAUAACGAUCAACUGCUCAGGGGG